AUUGCAGGACAUUCCUAUAGCUAACUUUAUAGCGCCACCUAUGACAGAGUAAACAAAAAUCCCGUGACCAAAGUCUAAUUAAAGAAAAAUAAAACAAAAAAAACGAACGGAACUCAAUUAUAUUGCUUCAGUUGAAGAGUCCCCAUUCAAAAGUCCUCGCCAAACGACAAAACACACUCGUUCAAGUUAUGUGCCCGGCAAAGGACCAAAAUGAACAUACUCCUGGUGAUGAUUCUAUGGGGGCAAGUUACGUUUGCAAUUAACAAUACCAUGGUGGCGGCGGAGGUGGGGACUGGUCCUGGGACAGUGUACAUGCGAGCACCCAACGAACGUGGUCCAACUACCUGGCAAUCGGGUCUGAAAUGUCUCCAGGCUAUCGGGUCAUUGUUCCUGUCGAGAAUAUCCCAACGUGUCAAGCUAAAUAUGAUCAUAACACAUUCCGAGAACAUGACCUCACCGGCCUCCCAAAUUCAGGAACAGUACUUAAUUUUGAAGAACCGAGCAGUUAACCCGGGUUCAAAGAACAAACUCUUGGGCUCGUACCUCAUGAGUGUUAUAUCCGAUGCCCAACCCCUGCCCACGCAGAAGUUCCUCGCCGAUUAUAUCGUCCACACGGACGCGUAUGUGAUUAUUGUCGAUGAGGUUGACCAAAUAUACACGCUCUUCGAGGACUACAUCAGCAGGAUGCAGUCGUGGAAUCCGGGUGCCAAAUUUCUUAUUCUCUACAAUCACAUCGAUGACCGAAAUAGAAGCCUGGACGUUGCCGACGAAAUCUUCAACCUCCUCCUGCAUGGGUUCUACGUGAACACAGUGUCCUUGCUGUACGCAGUCAACAACACAGGCUACGACUACUACAUCCUUGACAACUUCAAAAAGGAAUCCUGUCGCAAUGUGAAUUCCAAGAAAAUUGCUACCUGCGAAAUGGGGGUCAUUCCUAAUGAGUCAGCUGUGAGACGAGCAAUUCAUAAGCAAGCACGGAGAUCAAGCCUCAAGAAUUGCACUUUUUACAUGUGUGCCGCCAUCGCAGCACCAUUCAUCGAGAACGACUGUGAAAGUGGGCUGGAAAUGCGCCUCAUCAACAUGAUCGAGCAGAAAAUCGGCUUCCAGUUGAAUGUCACAUGUGAACACAACAAGAGAGGUGUUCGAGAGAACGGCACUUGGACGGAUUUGCUGGGUCGUUUGAAUAACCGCAGCUGCGACUUCAUCAUUGGGGGUUUCUAUUCAGACGACGAAGUUCGUGAAGAUUUUUGGUCAACCGACUCCUACCUCUACGACAGCCAUACAUGGUUCUUUGCUGCAGCCAAGGUUCGACCCGCAUCGACGGCUCUCUACACAAUCUAUGAGCCACAAAUGUGGCUGUAUAUAGAACUCGUCUUCCUAAUCACAUGGUUCUUUUGGCUGACAAUCGGCUGCAUCCUGCCAGAGAAGGAGGCCCAUAAAUCCACCAGCCUGACAGCUAUUAAUUCGUGGGGUGUGACUUUAGGCGCCUCCGUGCACGACCGUCCCGAAUGUCACACGUCUCGGAUUUUCUUCAUCGGCUUAUGCCUCUACGGCUUGAACGUGACGAGCAUCUAUACCUCCAAACUGAUUGCGGUAUUUGCCGAUCCUGGCCACGAACACCAGAUUUCCACCAUCGAGGAGGUUAUUCAUAAGGGGAUUCCGUACGGUGGACCAGCAGAAAGUCGUGACUGGUUCGAGAAUCCGGACGACAUCGAAAUCUACACGGGUUAUAAUGACAGCGAUAAUUUUAUACCGCGAACGCAUAAUUUGCGUGCGGUGAUGAUGGGUGAACGUGUCAUAUUGGCAAAUCGCAUGUUCAUGCUGCGCAACCGGAACUUAAAUCGAUUGUAUGGUUUUCCGGCCAAUGUGUUCUCCAGUUCGGUGGAAAUUAUUGCAAAACGUGGAUUUCCGUUUUUGAGAAAUUUCAACGAGCUCAUACGCCAGCUGCAGGACGGGGGAUUUUUUAAUAAAAUUGACAGUGAGUUUCGCUAUCGUUACACUGUAUUGGUUAAGAUACGCGAGUUGAGGGACGAUUUUCAAGAACCAAUAAUGGUCCUGACGAUACACCAUUUGGAAGGUGCAUUUGUUUUUCUGAUUUUCGGUACUCUGCUAAGCUGUACGGCAUUCGCCGGGGAGCAAAUCAAUUACAGAUACUUUCGGCCAUGGCUGUUCAAAAAAUUCAAUUGGAAGAUUGAAAUUGAAACGGGAAUCGACAAGCACUACCAUUAUCAGACACGGAAGCAUCCUCAUCAUCAUCAUCAUCAUCAUCAGCAUCAGCCCCAUCGACAUCAUCAACAUGAACUUCGUGGCAAAGACAGAGGCGUAAGGAAGAAACGGGAGAAGGAAAUGGCAUUGGCAAUGGCUGCACCAGCAGCAGCAUCAACAAGGGUUGAAACUGAAUCGAGAACGAGAGCCAUCAUCAGUGCUGAAAUGGAACAGAUUCGAUUCACCCCAUUGAAGAGAAGGAAGAUUCGAUUGGACUGAAUAUGUGAUUGUGAAUACUGAGUAGCCUCGAGGGUACUACGGAAAAAUUGCAAAAAUAUGUGCAGCAGUUCCAGCUACAGUUCCAGCUCCAGCUCCACUUCCACUUCAAAUUUCACAAAAUGUAGAGUUCGAUAUGAAUUUAAUGAUUUCUGGGUAAAUAUGUAGGUUCAAUGGGGCAUUGUGUAGGUACACAUGCAAUACCCUUCGGUUAAAUUCGGUUGGGGUUGUAGACAUACAAAUAAAAUAUGCAUA